UAAUUACAACAAAGAUUUAGAUGCUGCUAAAGCGUAUAAUAAAAACGUCUUAGAUUCUAAGAUGUCUCAACCUAUCCUUAAAGAAUCUAAAUGCAUUACUUCAUCUAUCUUAACUCAACAACAGCAAAAUUUCCCCUUUCUAUUACCGCAAAAUAGGUUGAGAUUCAACACACAAACGGCAGCUACAUUAAUGAGUGGAUUAAUUAAUCCACGUCUAUAUUUUGAAAAUUUGGCAGCUGAAGCAAGGAAUAAAUUUGGCAUAGAAAACAAUUUUAGACUUAAAACUAGCAUAAAUCUUGAUAAUAUAUUUCAUCGUUCGGUUAGCGGGGCUUCAACAUAUCAGAUGACAACAUUGAACGAAACAAUUAGAAAUGAACAACAAAAGAUUAAUUCACAAAUGAAUAAUUUCUCAAAGCUGCUAAUUCCUUCAUAUUGUUCAACCACUUUCCCCUCUCCAUCGCAAUUCAUUCCAAUACAAUCUUUUCCUUCAAUUUCUUCAUGGCAAACUUUGUUUAAAAACAAUAAUGCAAAAAAUUUACAAGAACAAGAAACGAAAUUUAAAGAAAAUCCUCUCUAUAUGCUUCAACCACCAUCCAUAACUCAUAAAUCUAAUGAGAAUUCUCUUACAGCUCAUGCAGAAGGCGAGGAUGUAAUUAAUGAAAGGCUAGUAUUUCUAAAAUAUAAAUUCCUUAACUAA